AUGUUCGGGAACGGAGGCUUAGCUCUCCCGGUUUGCUCCUUUCUCCUGCUACACCUCCCGGUUCUCCCGCUAACUAACAACUGGUCCGUUAAGGAGGAGGUGUUUCAGUGGUGGGGGGAGUGGUCCAGCUGGUCAUCCUGUUCCAGAAGCUGUGGAGGAGGUGUGAGGAGUCAGGAGAGGCACUGUCUCAUUCAGAGGCUUUCCACCACCCACAAUGUAAACAGCUCAUACUGUGUCGGCUCUCCUAAACAGUACCAGCUCUGUCCAAACCAGCCCUGUCCCAGCCCCAGUCUCAGCUUCAAACAGCACCAGUGUUCCCAAUUCAACUCUAAAGCCAUUGGAAGAAGAUACUAUCAGUGGAUACCUCUGUACCCAGCCGAUUACAUCAGCAUCUCCAAUAAGCCGUGUGACCUGCAGUGUACGACCAUCAGCGGAGAGCGACAGCUUCUAGUUCCCGCCCACGACGGCACCUUCUGCCGUGAUACCAAAUACAACGGUGUUUGUAUAGAGGGGAUAUGUCAGCCUGUAGGAUGUGACGGGGAGCUGUACAGCAGUAAGACAGUAGACAGAUGUGGUGUAUGUGGAGGAAAUGGGACAUCAUGCCAGCGUAUCUCUGGAUCAUACAGGAAGGCACUCGCACAGUUAGGCUACGUGUUCAUCACCAACAUCCCAGCUGGAGCCACAGACAUUCAGAUCAUAGAGAGACACAAGACUGAGAACAUCCUGGCUCUGUCAGAUGAAGCGGGACAUUUCUUCUUCAAUGGAAACACCGUGUUUGAUCAUCCUCAGAACUUCAGAGUGGCGGGAACAGUGUUUAAAUACCGACGUCCAAGCAGCGUGUUCUCUGACGGGCUGGAGUACAUCAUGGCUCAGGGACCCACGCAGCAGGGCCUGAAUGUUAUGUACUACAACCUAAAUGGAAAGCUCCCCCACAUCACCUAUGAGUACACCAUCCCACUCAAGUCUCACGACAUCACUGCUGCGGAAGGCAUCACCACAGGCCCCUCGCACUCCCAUCUCAACCACACCUAUAACAAUGUAAAUGAGAAUAACGCCAAGGGGGAUCAAGCCAGGUCAAACCACAGCAGAGGCAGUGUCCAUCAGUACAACAGGCAGCUUGGAGCUGAAGACCAAUCAGAUGUUCAGCUGCAGGAAGAAGAAGAGGAGGAGGAAGAGGAGGAGGAGGAGGAAGUGGUGUGGGAAAUCCGGACCCCGAGCCCUCCUCCACCAGCAGCCAUGUUGGUCUACAGACCGGCUGAUGUCACCGGACGUGUGUUCAGUCACAAUGACGUGGAGGAGCGGGGACCUCCAGCAGCACCCGGCUACAUGAGUUCCUCCAACUCCAUUGACGAGCCUUCCACUGCUGAUGACAACACACUGGUCAUCUCUUUCCCAGGUAGUCAGAGUGUUCAUCCUGCAGCGCUACCAGAGGACACCUCCUACCUGCUGCUGGAGGAUCUGCAACACAACCAGACACACUCCCUCACACAGUCAAACACACACUCUGUCAAACACACGCUCGCCGAUCCACGCUCACAAGCAGAAACACACGCUGAAACUCUCCCCCCUGCAGACACACGAUUGGAAACACACCCAGAUACGCUCGAGGCGACCGACACACACGCCGUCGCGCACAAAGAAACAGACGGCGGCUCACGCUCGGACUCACACACGGCUGUCUUGGUGCAGCUGCAACAGGUGUCUGCGGUCCAGGCAGCCAACACAGAGAGCAAUGACUUUGAUGUGGGUCUGGAGCCUGACAUUAGUCUGGCAGACAUGUAUCGCUGGAAGGUUUCUGCUUACGCUCCAUGCAGCACGACCUGUACCACAGGUAUCACCACUAGCUACGCCCUGUGUGUCCGCUACGAUGGUACUGAAGUUGAUGACAGUUACUGUGACUCUCUAACCAGACCUGAGCCCACACAUGAGUUCUGCACUGGAAAGGAAUGUCCUCCAAGAUGGGAGACCAGCGGUUGGAGCGAGUGCUCUCGAACCUGCGGCGAGGGAUUUCAGUACAGGACCGUUCGCUGCUGGAAGAUGCUGUCACCCGGUCUCGACUCGUCUGUCUACGACUCGCUGUGUCUGUCACAUGACCUUCACAAACCAGCCAAUAGAAAAGUCUGCGUGGGUCAGAGCUGCGGACCCCAGUGGGAGGUCUCAGAGUGGUCAGAGUGCUCGGCACGUUGUGGCUCUCGAGGCGUUCGGACUCGGGAGGUCCGUUGCUCCAUGGACAUGAAGCUGUGUAACAAGUCCUCUCAGCCAAUAGAAAGUCAGGAAUGCGAAGGCCCGCCCUGCGACAGACGAUGGACAGUCUCUGAUUGGGGACCUUGCUCAGGUGUUUGUGGAGAGGGGAGGAUGAUGCGUGCAGUGACCUGUCGAUCAUCAGGUGGGGUAGUGAUGUCAGAAGAGCAGUGCGAUCAGUCAUUGCGCCCGUUGGCCAUCUACCCCUGCGGUGACAGAGACUGCGCCCCCCACUGGGUCGAACAGGAAUGGCAACAGUGUAAUGCCACAUGUGGGCGUGGCGUGCGCCAGCGUCAGGUGGUGUGUGCCGGCCUGGAAGGUGGUGUGUUUAAAGAGUUUCCAGACAGCAGCUGUUCUCAAAGCAACAAACCAGAGACCAGCUCCUCCUGCUUUCAGAGACCCUGUUCCAAAUGGUUCACCACGUCCUGGUCUCAGUGCAGUAAGACCUGUGGGAGUGGUGUCCAGGUUCGUGAAGUGAAGUGUUACCAGGGGGAGGAGCUGGUAACCAGGGGCCACAGCUGCGACUCUGCCCUCAAGCCAGAAGCCAGACAGAGCUGUGAAAUUCAGAGGUGUCCUACAGAAGCUCCAGCAGUAGACGACUCGUGCCAAGACAAGCCAACAGCCAACUGUGCCUUGGUUCUAAAGGUGAAACUGUGCUCCCAUUGGUACUAUAGAAAGGCCUGCUGCCAAUCCUGUAGGGCACCGAGACCCUGAAGUCUUAACUGUCUUAACCUCAGCCCCCGAACACCAACCACUGGUACCGAAGGUCCCUCUACAUUCAUAUUGGUGCUACACGAAAGCCAGCUGCUAGCAAUGUAAGACCUUUGGACAUCAACGUUAACCUUAUUACUGUUACUCCUUUCACUGA